AUGGAUAAUAACAGAAAUGUGAACUUUGACAGCAUCUGUGUAAACACUGAAACACUGAAGAAAUUAAAUGGAAAAGGUUUCCCCCAAGUGGUUAGUGUGGUUGAUGGGACACAUAUCCGUAUUCAAGCGCCUAGCGCCAACGAAGACGAUUAUGUGAACAGAAAGGGAUUUCACUCCCUUAAUGUACAGAUGAUUUGUGAUGCCACUUUUCGGUUUGUUGACGUAGUCGCAAAGUGGCCUGGGAGCGUUCACGAUUCAAGGAUCUUUCGUGAAAGCGCCAUACGUCAGCGCUUUGAAAGAGGUGAAAUCGACGGUCUUCUGCUUGGUGACUCUGGCUAUGGAUGCAAGAGGUAUCUUAUGACACCAUAUCAAAACACCGACAGUCCUUGUAAGGUAUAG